CUAUUGUAUAACCGCACACAUCAUGAAACCAAUGCGUCGAUGAUGAGGUGAAAUCGAACGCUACCUAGGAAACUUCUGACUCGGGAGCGAUAACUACCCAGUCUCAUUAGACAAAUCCCCUCAACACUCCUCAACACUCCAGGGCAUGUCGUUCAUCCUCCAUAUGCCAGCGCUCACCGGCACCGAGCGCAGAGGUGGGAUCUCCGCCCUCGCAUACUCCCCGGUGGGGAAAGACAUCGCCGCUGGGUUCGAGAACAACACAAUCAUGGUCUGGAGCACGAUGAACCAGGCGGUGAGGCAUCAGUUCCAGGACCACGGCGGUGCCGUCUCCUCGCUCGUCUUCUCCCCCGAUGGAAACAAACUGGUCUCCGGAGGGCGCGACGGACGUGUCAUCAUAUGGGACCUCAUCGCAGGAGGGAUGAUCCGAGCCCUUCACGCUCAUGCCAAAAACACCGUCGACUGUGUCGCGUACUCACCAGACGGCAAGCUGUUCGCAUCCGCGGCUGGCGACUCUGCCGUGAAGCUGUGGGAGGCUGAGUCCGGGAACUUGCGUGCGUCGACGGAGGAGCACAACGGGAUCGUCAUGUCUAUCCUGUUCUCCCCCGACAACGAGCGGUUCGUCUCCACAAGCGCGGAGGGCACUGCACAUGUGUGGAGUACGCAUACAGCGUCGCAUAUCUGCGACCUGCAGGGGCACGAAGGAGUGAUCUACACCGCGGCGUACUCUUCCGACGGAAAACGACUCAUCACAGGCUCGGACGAUGGUACCGCUAGGGUCUGGAGUGCACUUCUCGGGGACGAGUUUAUGACGCUCAGCGAGGGCGAUGAUGGUUGUGUAUGGGCUGCGACGUUCUCUACAGAUGGAAGGCACCUCCAUUACGUCGGGAGCGAACAUAUCAUCAAGACGUACGACUCCUAUACUGCCGUUCUACUUCACAGUAUCGACUGUGGAGACAAGGUCGCGAUGGGCAUGACAUUCUCUGCUGACGGCCGUUUGCUCGCUGCUGGCGGCGAGGACCAUGUUGUGACGGUAUGGGACAUGGUGACGAAGCGGGAGGUGGUGCAGUACAACGGCCACACAGACACCGUCAACUAUCUCGCCUUCUCUCACGACAACAAGCACCUUGCGUCGGCAUCGGAUGACGGGAGUGUACGCAAAUGGGAACUGCCAUCCAGCGACGAUAACAGGAAUGGUCGAUGGACUCCAACGAGAUAGUAAUUAGCACAUCUAGUAGUGGUACACAUGCGAAAGCACCAGUCGCAAGACAUAAUACACAGAUGGCAAAGAUAACUGAGAUGUAUGUACGAGGUAUCGCGACGAUGUAGUAACGGGAGGAGACACAUCAUGCCAUGCAGUUCUGAUGGUAGUCCGGAUUGACAUGGGAUAAGAUCAGAAGAAGGAUAGGGCGUGAGUGGACGUGCGUGUCGUGUUCGAUACAGAGGAGCCAGCCGCUAAUUAUGAAUAUGCGCGGUAUCG